CGGGCCCUCCGCCACUGCUUCUGUCCCUGCGCGCCGCCGCCCGCGCCUCCCUCCCCCGCAGCCGCCCGUGCCUCCCUCCCUCACCCGGCUACUCAUUCAUGGCGACCAGCGGUAUCGCCGGUGAGGGGCGGCGGCGGCGGAUGCACGGCGACGAGCGGUGGCGCAAGUGAGGACGGCGGCGGAUGUCGAGUACCGCUGUCCAGUGCUUCUUUGCUCCCGCCAACGCCAUGGCAGGCGCGACGCCGCCCGCGCUGCGCAUGUCGCACACGCAAUUCAUUGAGCACCUCCGCCGUGCGGCCGCAUCCGCCCGCUCCCCGCGCGCCGGCGAGGCCCUCCAUGGCUGGGCAAUCAAGUCCGGCGCUGCCUCCCACGCACCCGUCUCCAACUCCCUAAUCACCUUCUACUGCUCCCUCUCGCGGCCGCUCCUCGCUGCCGCCUUCGCCGUCUUCGAGGAUAUCCCCGCUGCCAUGCGCGACGUGGCCUCGUGGAACUCCCUCCUCAACCCGCUCUCCCGUCAUCACCCCCUCGCUGCGCUCUCCCACUUCCGCUUGAUGCUUUCCUCCUACGAUCGCAUCGUCCUCCCGUCGCCCCACUCCUUUGCUGCUGCGUUCACCGCCGCCGCCCGCGCGCCGUCCGCGUCCGCCGGCGCCGCAGCCCACGCGCUCGCGUGCAAGUUUCCCUCCUCCUCCGCCGGCUCUGACAAUGUGUUCGUCUCCACUGCCCUGCUCAAUAUGUAUUGCAAACUGGGUAUUACUUCCGAUGCCCGCAGGGUGUUUGACGAAAUGCCCAAUCGGAAUGCGGUGUCUUGGACUGCUAUGGUGUCUGGGUAUGCUGUGGGGAAGUGCUUUGAGGAGGCGUUUGAGAUCUUCCGGUUGAUGCUUCAGGAGUGCCCCUCUGAGAAAAAUGAAUUUUUCACCACGGCAGUUCUUAGCGCAGUUAGCAUGCCAUCAGGUUUGCUUAUGGGGGUACAGGUGCAUGGGUUGGUUGUGAAGGAUGGGUUGGUGGGAUUUGUGUCUGUGGAGAAUUCACUUGUCACGUUGUACGCAAAGGCUGAGUGUAUGGAAGCAGCUCUGCAGGUGUUUGGGUCAUCAAAGGAGAGGAAUUCAAUAACAUGGUCAGCGAUGAUCACCGGGUAUGCUCAGAAUGGGGAGGCAGAUAGUGCAACUAGGAUGUUCUUACAGAUGCAUGCUGCAGGAUUCUCACCAACAGAAUUCACCCUUGUUGGGGUACUGAACGCAUGCAGUGACAUGGGAGCGUUGUCUGUUGGGAAGCAGGCUCAUGGUUUGAUGGUGAAGCUGGGGUUUGAGAUGCAGGUUUAUGUGAAGAGCGCAUUGGUUGACAUGUAUGCCAAGUGUGGUAGUAUUGGUGAUGCAAAAGGUGGGUUUCAGCAGUUGUAUGAUGUUGAUGAUGUUGUCCUUUGGACAGCGAUGAUUGCUGGGCAUGUGCAGAAUGGGGAACUUGAGGAAGCCCUGGUGUUGUAUGCCAAGAUGAACAAAGAGGGCAUCAUGUCCAGUAAUUUGACUAUAACUAGUGUUCUUAGAGCAUGUGCAUGCCUCGCGGCAUUGGAGCCAGGGAAGCAACUACAUGCACAAAUAAUGAAGUGCGGGUUUGGUUUGGGUGGUUCUGUUGGAAGUGCUCUGUCUACAAUGUAUUCAAAGUGUGGGAACCUUGAAGAUGGCUUGGCUGUCUUCAGAAGCAUGCCUGAUAGGGAUGUUAUUGCAUGGAACUCAAUCAUUUCUGGUUUUUCACAAAACGGAUGUGGCAAUGGUGCACUUGACUUGUUUGAGGAGAUGAAGCUAGAGGGCACUGCACCUGAUCAUAUAACAUUCAUUAAUGUAUUUUGUGCUUGUAGCCACAUGGGCUUAGUUGACAGAGGUUGGUUCUAUUUUAGGGCGAUGACCAAGGAUUAUGGUUUAAUUCCUAGGCUUGAUCACUAUGCUUGCAUGGUUGAUAUUCUUAGCCGAGCAGGGCAGUUAAAAGAAGCAAAGGACUUCAUAGAAUCAAUAACUGUUGACCAUGGAACAUGCCUAUGGCGUAUAGUCCUUGGAGCAUGUCGCAAUUUACGGGAUUUUGACGUUGGGGCAUAUGCAGGUGAAGAACUGAUGCGGCUAGGUACUGAGGAUUCCUCUGCUUAUAUAUUGUUGUCAAACAUCUAUGCUUCCCAGAGGAAGUGGAAUGAUGUUGAGCGGGUGAGACGUUUGAUGAGACUCCGAGGAGUUAGCAAGGAUCUAGGGUGUAGCUGGGUUGAGCUUAAUAGCCGAGUUCAUGUGUUCGUUGUUGGGGAACAGCAACAUCCUGAAGCGGCAAAUAUAAAUGCGGAGUUGAUAAGGCUAGCCAAACACAUGAAGGAUGAAGGCUAUCGUCAAACUUGCAAAUUCCCAUUUGAUGAAGAACUGGAUGCACCUGGAGAAUCUCAUGGGGAGAAUCAACUAGAAUUGAUGUCAGCAGCUUAUAGCUGAUUUCCCAAGAGAUAAGGAUGGUUCGUACUGUGAUUAUUUCAACCAGAAGCAAGGAAUAAAAGGAAAACUAUAAAAAUGUUAGGUAGGAUCAUUAGGUACUUAAUGUGUUCCGAGUGGUUUCUUCGAAACAAGGGAGUUGUUUCGAAGAAACAAAGAUGUUAUCCUGCAGAACAUCUUUCAGGAGUACACCUAUAUGAGUCUUGCUA